AUGGCUUCCAAAUGCCUCAAGACAAGCUUCUCUUCGGGGUCUCUCAAGAGCCCAGGAAGGGCUGGUGGGGGCUCCACUCGUGUGUCUACAAUGUACUCCAGCAGCUCUUGCAAGCUUCCGAGCCUCUCUCAUGGGGCUCGCACUUUCUCUGCGUUCUCAGCUGGGCUUGGCAGAAGCAGCUGCAGGGCUGCCAGCUGCCUCCCUGUUCUCUGCCUUCCAGCUGGAGGUUUUGCCACCAGCUACAGCAUGGGUGGGGGCUGGUUUGGAGAUGGCAUCCUCACAGGCAAUGAAAAGGAGACUAUGCAGUCCCUGAAUGACCGCCUGGCCAGCUAUCUGGAGAAGGUGCGCCAGCUGGAGAAGGAGAAUGCAGAACUGGAGAGCCGCAUCCGCGAAUGGUGUGAGCAGCAGGUUCCCUACAUGUGCCCCGACUACCAGUCCUACUUCCGGACCAUUGAGGAGCUCCAGAAAAAGACCCUGUGCAGCAAGGCGGAGAAUGCCAGGCUGGUGGUACAGAUUGACAAUGCCAAGCUGGCUGCAGAUGACUUCAGGACCAAGUAUGAGACCGAGGUGUCCCUGCGGCAGCUGGUGGAGGCCGACAUCAAUGGCCUGCGCAGGAUCCUGGAUGAUCUGACCCUGUGCAAGGCUGACCUGGAGGCCCAGGUGGAGUCCCUGAAGGAGGAGCUGAUGUGCCUCAAGAAGAAUCACGAGGAGGAAGUGAACAGCUUGCGCUGCCAGCUUGGUGACCGGCUCAAUGUUGAGGUGGACGCUGCCCCACCUGUUGACUUGAACCGUGUUCUGGAUGAGAUGAGGUGCCAGUAUGAGACUCUGGUGGAGAAUAACCGCCGGGAGGCUGAAGACUGGUUUGAUAACCAGACUGAGGAACUGAACCAGCAGGUGGUGUCCAGCUCAGAGCAGCUGCAGACCUGCCAGGCAGAGAUCAUCGAGCUGAGACGCACAGUCAAUGCCCUGGAGAUCGAGCUGCAGGCCCAGCACAGCAUGAGAGAUGCUCUGGAAUCCACCCUGGCAGAGACAGAGGCCCGCUACAGCUCCCAGUUGGCCCAGAUUCAGUGCAUGAUCACCAAUGUGGAGGCCCAGUUGGCCGAGAUCCGGGCUGACCUGGAGAGGCAGAACCAGGAGUACCAGGUGCUGCUGGACGUGCGGGCUCGGCUGGAGUGCGAGAUCAACACGUACCGGGGUCUGCUGGAGAGUGAGGACUGCAAGCUCCCCUGUAAUCCGUGUGCUCCUGACUACUCACCCUCCAAGUCAUGCCUCCCCUGUCUUCCUGCGGCCUCCUGUGGGCCGGGUGUAGCCCGUACCAUCUGCAGCCCCCGCCCUGUUUGUGUGCCCUGCCCGGGGGGCCGGUUCUGA